UGUGCUUAUCAGCUUCUCGUGAACACCAGAUUAACCUUACUCUUGUAGCACACCCCCCUCUCGUUCGCUCUCUUUCGCUGUCCCUCUUGUCUCUUUCUCUACCACUGUCCUGUGCAUACCGCUACGCUUUCCCAAAGUCUGUGAACGCUUAAAGCGCACUUGGCAACGGUCAUUUCGUGUACUCUGCGGUAGACUGCUAUCCUGCGGUGCUUUUUUGACAGGACUUCUCCAUGGAGGACUACCACAAACCAGACCAGCAGACCCUGCAAGCCCUGCGGAACAUUGCGAACCGACUCCGAAUCAACUCCAUAAAGGCAACGACUGCAGCGGGCAGCGGUCAUCCUACAUCAUGCUGCAGUGUGGCAGAGAUCAUGUCUGUUCUCUUCUUCCACACCAUGAAGUACAGACCCGACGACCCCAGGAACCCAAAUAACGACCGCUUCAUUCUGUCCAAGGGCCACGCAGCCCCGGUGCUUUACGCUGUCUGGGCUGAGACAGGCUAUCUGAAGGAGAGUGAACUGCUCAACCUGAGAAAGGUUGACUCCAUCCUGGAGGGCCAUCCUGUUCCAAAACAGCAGUUUGUGGAUGUGGCCACAGGGUCCCUGGGGCAGGGGCUGGGUGCAGCCUGUGGGAUGGCUUACACCGGGAAGUACUUUGACAAGGCCAGUUAUUGUGUGUACUGUCUGCUGGGAGAUGGAGAGAUGUCUGAGGGGGCAGUGUGGGAGGCCAUGGCUUUUGCCUCCUAUUACCAGCUGGAUAACCUGGUUGCCAUCCUGGACAUCAACCGCUUGGGCCAGAGUGACCCCGCACCCCUGCAGCACCACGUUGACAAGUACCAGAGACGCUGCGAGGCUUUCGGCUGGCAUGCCAUCAUAGUGGAUGGGCACAGUGUUGAGGAGCUGUGUAAGGUGCUGUGCCAACCUCGUCACCAACCCACUGCCAUCAUCGCUAAAACCAUCAAGGGCAAGGGUAUCCCAGCGGCUGAGGACAAGAUGGGUUGGCAUGGGAAGCCUUUGCCUAAGGACAUGGCAGAGAAUGUGAUCAGAGAGCUGCAGAACUACGUUCUCAACAGCAACAAACGUCUGUACCCGGCCAUGCCAACAGAGGACACUCCUCCAGUCAGCCUGCGCAACAUCCGCAUGCCCAGCGCGCCUGCCUACAAGCCCGGAGACAAGAUUGCUACGAGGAAAGCCUAUGGCAUGGCUCUGGCUAAGCUUGGCCGUUACAACGAUCGUGUCAUCGCUUUGGAUGGAGACACAAAGAACUCCACCUUCUCUGAGCUCUUCAAGAACGAGAACCCUAACCGCUACAUUGAGUGCUACAUCGCCGAGCAGAAUAUGGUGAGUGUGGCUGUCGGUUGUGCGGCGAGGGACAGGAACGUGGUCUUCGCCUCCACCUUCGCCACCUUCUUCACCCGCGCUUACGACCAGCUGCGCAUGGCAGCAAUUUCCGAGAGUAACAUUAACCUCUGUGGCUCUCACUGCGGCGUCUCCAUCGGGGAGGACGGACCCUCUCAGAUGGGCCUGGAGGACUUGGCCAUGUUCAGAGCCAUCCCCACGGCAACUGUGUUCUACCCCAGCGAUGGCGUUUCCACGGAGAAAGCCGUGGAAUUGGCCGCUAACACCAAGGGUCUGUGUUUCAUCAGAACCAGCCGCCCAGAGAAUACUGUCAUUUACAGUAGCAACGAGGACUUCCACGUUGGGCAGGCAAAGGUGGUGUAUAAGACCUCCGACGACCAUGUCACUGUGAUCGGAGCAGGAGUGACCCUCCACGAGGCUCUGGCCGCAGCUGAACAGCUCAAGAAAGAGAGGAUCAAUAUCAGAGUGAUCGAUCCAUUUACCAUCAAACCUCUGGACUCGAAGACCAUCAUUGAGCACGGCCGAGCCACCAGAGGACGCAUCCUUACGGUGGAGGACCAUUACUACGAGGGUGGCCUGGGGGAGGCAGUAUGCUCAGCUGUGGUGAAUGAACCCGGGUUCACCGUGCACCGUCUGGCGGUCGCCCACGUCCCACGCAGCGGCAAACCUCACGAGCUGCUGAAGAUCUUCGGCAUUGACCGCGACGCCAUCACCCAGGCCGUCAGGAAGAUGCUCAGCACCUCCACCAACGCCAAGUAACCUAUCAACUCCUCGGCCCCGCCCACGCCUGGUUACCCACGGCAACACUGACAGGGAAGCCUUUUCAAGAAGAAUAAGCGACACUUAAAAACAAAUGAAUGAAAAGCAAGAAACAGAAACGAAUAAUUAGCACCCCUUGUUAACUGUCAUUUAUGUGGUUUUAAUGCUCUUAAAUGCCCCUGACUUGACCCCGGUUGUGUGACCUUCUGUAUUCUCUAGACCCCUACCUCUCUCUUAAAGAAAUGCUGUAGUCUUACAGAAGUCUUGAAAAGAUUUUUUUUAAGUAAUUUUGUCAGUUUUAUCUCAUUUUUCAAUACCACACACCUUCUUAAUACUUUGCCUUUGUGCAGUGUGUUUCCAGUUUCUGAGAAGGUUUGGUUUUAGAACACUGUUUUUAGAGCUUCUGUCCCAAUUGGGAAUUCAUACCAAUAAAACAAUGGUUUCUUCACA